ACAUUGUGGAGACUCCCAGCGUGUACUGUAGAUGACUUUUUUCCCUCCCAGCGGCGUCCUCUGCUAAGUUGCGCUCCUGGAUUUUAAGUGCGCGCUCGAGCGGCUUUCUCUCGUCCUGUCAGUUGCUGCGCUGUCCCGUCCGGACCCGGAGCCCGACCCACCGGCGGACCUGCUCCCUUCGCUGCUCGUAACCUUCUCUCCACGUUCGCGACAGACGGAUGCGUUUUCUGGCUUCCUAAAGUACAGAUGCUGGAAUCUUUGAGUUGAUUGGAACAAAUAGAAAGCCGGCGAGAAAAAGAGGGAGAGAGCGAGAAAGAAGAGGAAGCGUGAAGAGAAAGAAGAGGAAAGAAGAGAGAGAAGCAAGCAUAAAGUUCGUUGGGAAGAAGAGCGAAAGAAAGCGACGGGGACGAUGGGGAGGAAAAAGAUUCAGAUCACGCGGAUUAUGGAUGAACGCAACAGACAGGUGACAUUUACAAAGCGAAAGUUUGGCCUCAUGAAGAAAGCCUACGAGCUGAGUGUGCUGUGCGACUGCGAGAUCGCCCUGAUCAUUUUCAACAGCACCAACAAGCUGUUCCAGUACGCCAGCACAGACAUGGACAAGGUCCUGCUCAAGUACACCGAAUACAACGAGCCCCACGAGAGUAGAACCAACUCGGACAUCGUGGAGACGUUGAGAAAGAAGGGCCUAAAUGGCUGUGACAGCCCCGACCCCGACGCAGACGACUCGGUCGGCCACAGCCCAGAAUCUGAGGACAAAUACAGGAAAAUAAACGAGGACAUAGAUCUGAUGAUCAGCAGACAGAGACUGUGUGCUUUGAGCAAGAAGGAGAACAAAGGUGGCGAGAGCCCGGAGCUUGAAUCUACUCUCAUUCUCACCCCGCGAACUGAAGAGAAAUACAAACAGAUUAACGAGGAGUUUGAUCACAUGAUUAAAAGUCAUAAAAUUCCUGCUAUGCCCCCGUCCAACUACGACAUGCCCGUGUCCAUUCCCGUCAGCAAUCAGAACAAUCUCAUCUACAGCCAUCCUGGUGGCUCCCUUGGAAACCAUAACCUGCUACCGCUGACACACCAUGGACUACAGAGGAACAGCAUGUCACCUGGAGUUACUCACAGACCCCCCAGUGCAGGUAACGCAGGUGGCCUCAUGGGCGCCGACCUUGCCACUGGCGCAGGCACCAGUGCUGGAAAUGGAUAUGGCAACCACCGCAACUCCCCCGGUUUGCUGGUCUCUCAGGCCGGCAUGAACAAGAACAUGCAGGCAAAGUCGCCCCCGCCCAUGAAUUUAGGCAUGAACAACCGCAAACCCGACCUCCGUGUGCUCAUCCCGCACGGUGCCAAGAACAACAUGCCCUCGAUUAACCAGAGAAUAAACAACUCCCAGUCUGCCCAGUCACUGGCCACUCCAGUUGUGUCAGUAGCAACUCCAACUCUGCCAGGACAAGGCAUGGGUGGCUACCCGUCGGCCAUUUCCACUUCUUAUGGUACAGAGUAUUCCCUGAACAGUGCAGACUUGUCCUCACUGUCUGGCUUCAACAGUGGCAGCUCAUUGCAUUUGGGCUCCAUGAGCGGCUGGCAGCAGCAACACCUUCAGAACAUGCAGCACUCGGCCCUCGGACAGCUCGGAAAUUGCUCUAGCUCUCACUUAUGUCAGGGUUCAAAUCUCUCCCUGCCCUCUGCUCAAAGCCUGCACAUCAAGUCCGAACCUGUUUCUCCUCCUAGAGAUCGCACCAGCAGCACACCGGGGGGCUACGGUGGUGGCGGGGUAGUCCCUCCCCAGAACCCCUCGUCCCGCCAGGACUCGGGACGCUCCCCGGUCGAUAGCCUGAGCAGUUGUAGCAGCUCCCACGAAGGAAGCGACCGCGACGAGCACAGGAACGAGUUCCACUCUCCUCUGGGACUGGCCCGGCCCGCCCUGGACGAGCGCGAAAGCCCCUCCAUCAAGCGGGUGCGCCUGUCCGAGGGCUGGGCCACAUGAUAGCGCGGCCCUCUCCCCAACGUAACCAACCCCCACCCCCACCCGCCUCUACGUCAUCAACGACAGCCCUCUGUCAAUACCACAAUCAUCUGACAAUCCCUCUCAAAAGUCUACAACCAUUUUUUUUGUUUUUUUUUUUUGCUGAGUGCGUUCUUAUGCUAUACAUAUGACAUCACAUAAACCGGGGGGCUCUUGUAGAUGUCAAUUAUUGGAGGGAGGGGGGUCUUUUGAAUCUGUUUUCAGUUGGGGAACUAUGCAUUGAUUGCAAUCGCAAAUGCAUAUAUAUUUACACAGGUGUACAUAUAUGCAUAUCGCCAAUCACAAUAGUCAGGUACUCUGUUUCAUACAAGUUCCAAUUCACCGCAGAGAAUCAUCAGUAACUUAAAAAGAAAAAAAAAGAGGCGCAUCAACAUGAGAUUGAGUGCGUGACAAAAACACCUUAAGCACUCGACAAAUACGCGUGUGUAUAGUGUCAGUUUCAUCGCUAUGUACCGUCUCCCUUGCAAAAAAAAAACGAAAAAAAAAACAAGUGUGUGUUAACAUUAGAUAAUGUCAUGUUGCAGGUUCAACGUAUUUAUGUAAAUAGAGGUCGAAAAGGUGGGGUAAAGAAGUUGCCGGACAUUUCAAGAUUUAUUUACUCGCUAAAGGAAAAGCUAAUAUGCAACAUUUGAAGGACUGUACAGGAGCCCCGACACGUUUGGAACUUUUAGUGUAUAAAAAGUGGGGGGUGAGGGAGGUGCGGAGGGAGGACAACCCCAAGUGUAAUCGAGAACCCUCUGGAUCGAGUAUUAUUACUAUCAGUAUUAUUAAAGGAAGAAAACAAAAACAAAGAAAAAAACAAUUGUACGAUACACUUGCUUAUAUUUUCAUAUGAAAGGAAUACAAAGCAAAGCAUUUUUUGUGGCUUUUUGUAGUUUCUAUAAGCCAGAAUGUGUUUUUGAUAGCUUUGCUAAUAAGAGAAGGAUAGCGCACCCCCACCUUGUUUGGGGGAGGAGGGGGCUUGGGAGCCCUAAGCCAUGAAACAAAC